CGGCGGUGUUACUAUGGUUCGAAUGGUCGGACUGCUGUCCGCAGCUGCUCGCCUUGUACGGUGCGGCGAUCCCGCAUGGAGAUUAAACAGUUUGGUGGUGACAUCCAGGACGCUGCCAGCGCUCAGUUAUCGUGACACUGCUCUCCCAAAUCUUACUCCUUUAUCUGGAAUAAAGACCUUGGGAUCUACGAAAAGUGUUUGUUCUUCACGCUUGUUGUUCUGCUCCAACAAGACACCCAGAGAUGCUGACAAUGAGGCUUCAAAGAACGAUGGCUCCUCUGGAGUCAAGAAAUCAGAAGGAGACCCCACUGUGGAAUCCAAGUUCCAUGCUGACAGAGGGGGGGCUGGUGGUGGAGGAGGAGGAAAGAAAGGAGGAAAGGAGGACCGUAGCUGGUGGUCUCGUAUUCAGAAGGGAGACUUUCCCUGGGAUGAGAAGGAUUUCCGGUACCUGGCCAUCGCAGCUGCCGGUAUAUCCUCUACGCUUCUUUAUCUGUACUUCAGAGACCCGGGGAAGGAGAUCUCCUGGAAAGAAUUUGUCCAUUUCUACCUGGCCAGAGGACUGGUUGAUCGCUUGGAAGUUGUUAAUAAGCAGUAUGUGCGUGUAAUCUUACUGUCAGGGGCCAACACCUCUGGUGUGAGCUAUGUGUGGUUCAACAUCGGCAGUGUGGACACAUUUGAGCGGAAUCUGGAAGCGGCCCAGCAAGAGAUGGGCAUGGAGCCAUCUCACCGGGUGGCAGUGGUGUACAGCACUGAAAGCGACGGGUCUUUCUUGAUGAGCAUGAUUCCCACUUUACUCCUGAUUGGGUUCCUCCUCUUCACUCUACGGCAAGGGCCGAUGGCAGGUGGGCGUGGGGGCAGGGGCGGUGGCCUGUUCAGCAUGAGUGAAACCACAGCGAAGAUGAUGAAGGACAACAUUGAUGUCAAGUUCAAGGAUGUGGCUGGAUGUGAAGAGGCCAAGCUGGAGAUCCUUGAGUUUGUCAACUUCCUGAAGAACCCAAAACAGUACCAGGAUCUUGGGGCUAAAAUCCCCAAGGGUGCGGUGCUGUCUGGACCCCCAGGGACAGGGAAAACCCUCCUUGCAAAAGCCACUGCUGGGGAGGCAAAUGUCCCCUUCAUCACUGUCAAUGGCUCCGAGUUUCUGGAGAUGUUUGUUGGAGUGGGGCCUGCUAGGGUGAGAGAUAUGUUCGCUAUGGCCCGAAAGCAUGCCCCCUGCAUCCUGUUCAUUGACGAGAUCGAUGCGGUGGGGAGGAAGAGAGGCCGGGGAAACUUUGGGGGCCAGAGCGAGCAGGAAAACACCCUCAACCAGCUUCUGGUGGAGAUGGAUGGUUUUAACACAAGCACUAAUGUAGUAGUUUUGGCCGGAACUAACCGGCCCGACAUCUUGGACCCGGCCCUGAUGAGACCAGGGAGGUUUGACCGUCAGAUCUUCAUAGGUCCACCUGACAUCAAGGGUAGAGCCUCCAUCUUCAAGGUGCACUUGCAUCCCCUCAAAGUGGACACCAGUUUGGACAAGGAUGGACUGGCCAGAAAGCUGGCAGCCCUCACCCCUGGCUUCACGGGAGCCGACAUUGCCAACGUGUGCAAUGAAGCGGCACUCAUUGCUGCCAGGCACCUCAAUCCGUUCAUCAACACGAAGCAUUUUGAACAGGCCAUUGAGCGGGUGAUCGGAGGCCUGGAAAAGAAGACUCAGAUCCUGCAGCCUGCUGAGAAGAAGACGGUAGCUUACCACGAGGCUGGCCACGCUGUGGUGGGCUGGUUCCUCGAGCAUGCAGACCCCCUGCUCAAGGUGUCCAUCAUCCCCCGAGGAAAGGGUCUAGGCUACGCACAGUACCUGCCCAAGGAGCAGUACCUGUACACACGGGAGCAACUCAUUGACCGCAUGUGCAUGAUGCUCGGGGGGCGCGUGGCAGAGCAGGUCUUCUUCGGCAGGGUCACCACUGGAGCACAGGAUGACCUCAAGAAGGUUACUCAGUCAGCAUAUGCACAGAUUGUGCAGUUUGGGAUGAGUGAGAAGGUGGGCCAGGUGUCCUUCGACCUCCCACGCCAGGGUGAGGUAGUGAUGGAGAAGCCCUACAGUGAGGCCACAGCACAGCUUAUUGACGAGGAGGUGCGGGACCUCAUCAACUCAGCGUUUGAAAGGACACUGGACCUCGUCACAGACAAGAAGGACCUGGUAGAGAAGGUUGGCAUGCGACUUCUGGAAAAGGAGGUCCUGGACAAGGCAGACAUGCUGGAACUGCUGGGGCCGCGGCCAUUCAUGGAGAAGUCCACGUACGAAGAGUUUGUGGAGGGCACGGGCAGCUUUGAGGAGGACACCAGUCUGCCCGAGGGUCUGAAGAACUGGAACCAAGAAGCAGAGGCCCCCAGUGAAAAGCAAGAGAAACGAUCUGCCUAAAUAGAAAGAGUUGGCCCUGAUCCCCUUACCUCCAGACAGGACUUGUUGGCUCUGGACAAGAAAGCCAUCCAGAGUGCGGGGUGAUUGAUCACUGGUGCGGGAACACGCUGUGCUAAGAUCCCAGUCCCGGGAUGUGUUUUGCUGUGUAGAUAGGUCAAAACUAUGCACAGUGUGUUUUUGUUUUCUGUUGACAGGGAAUUUUGAAAGCAACCCCUGGAAUGUGGAGGAAACUGGGUUAUGAAACCCAGCACUGAACCGGACCAAAACCAGUUGAUGCCUUAACUGUGAGCUGCCUUGCUGUUGCAUUCCUCAGGGCCCCCCCCCCUGCUGCACAUGGCACCAUUGCUUUGUCCUUGGAAGGCAGUAAACUCAUAGGCAUGUAUCCUGUCAGGUGCUGUCUCCCACAACUCAACACGGUCAUUGAGCAUAAGUAACAUAAAAUUCCUUUAUCGCUAAAUGGGUCUUUUUUUACACUUCAGUAUUCACUUGAUACAUAUCUAGUGUGUCUUUUUGUGAAGAUAUUGAAAUGUACAUAAUUCAUUUGAAGUACUGUUUGCCUCUUGUUCCUCGAACAAGGGAAAGGCUCUUGCUGUGCAGUAUUGUACAUGAAAUCAAGGAGACAGAAUAAUUUAUGACUCAUUUCAACGUGUUCCUAAGUAAUAUCAUCUUGCCGAACACCAGUUGAAGGGUGCUUCUUCAGGGUGGUGUGAGUGAUGUGACCUAGUGUCAGGUUGAGCUCUUUGCCCAAAAAAAGAACAAAUGCUGCAAGACUGACCCUUUUAAAAUAAAUCCAUUGAUGUAAUUCUGAAGCAGUCUCUGUACAUAUUGUUAUGGAACGAGUUUCUUCUGUUGGCUUUUGUAGAAAUUUUGAGAUCCAAUUAUCUGCGGUUUCUUGAUGCUUUUGAGUCAUUUAGAACGACAGGAUGAUGCAUAGGUGUUGUUGUGAAUGAUUUU